GGCCCUACAACUGGCCACAGCUAUAAAGGUUAUUAGAAAGCCUCUCCUUUGGGAUGCGUGGCUGCGGGGCUAUUUAGGGGCCGUCCAAGAGGAGACUGAGGGCGGCUUCUUUCUUAUCCAGCCCUCCACUCUUUCUCCUUCUCCCUCUGUCUUCCCCUCAGGAGGAGCAGCCAUGGGGGACUCUUUGGACGGCGGCGGGGACUUUGAGCCGCUGCCUUCGCUCUCCGAGGACGAGGAUAGUUGUCUUACUGAGGAAGAUAUCUGGGCUAUUUGCCUCGAGUGCAGCAAGUCUCUGAAGAGCAUUGCCCAUUCUGCAAUCUUCCAGACACUUUGUAUUACUCCUGACACUUUGGCUUUUAACACCAAUGGCAAUGUAUGCUUCAUGAAACAGAUCAGUGAUGACCCAGAAGGAACCUUUAUGCCACCAGAGAUUGAUGUAACUGGUAACACUUUUGCGGCACAUAUAUUUUCUUUGGGAGCCACACUAGCAGCUGUGGUUGAAUAUAUGAUGGAGCCUGAAAUAGAUUCAGAAUGUAGCCAAGAUCUACAUACUCUGCUUGAAAAAAUGCAGGAGGAAAAUCCUGAAGAUAGGCCAGAUAUUGAGGAUGUCAUAUCUUUGUGUGAAGAGAAACUAAAGCUUUCAUCCUCCAAUGAUAUUUGCCAGUGCCUUUCUGCCAUUGGAAGAACAGUGCUUUCAAUUGAAUCAUGUGGCAUCUUUCAAGACAGUUGUGAUAACUUGUGGAAAAGACAAGACAAUCAGAACAUUUCACUUUAUGAACAACACAGAGAUGAAAAUUUGAGAAAUAAUUCAUCUCCAGAUGCAGAAGAUUUGAAAGCUGAAAGUGCUAGAAAUUCCUCUGACAUAUGUACUAUGAAUUAUCAAAGUGAAGAUAUAAAAGGAAUUAAAAACAACCUAGUGGAUAAAGUAUUUUGCCACCUGCACAUUUCAACUCAGAUUACAAAAUGUGAAGAGGAAGAGGAGGAGAGUACAGAAUACAAGUUAGAGGCAAAACCUCAUACACAUGAAUUGGGGACAGAUGUGCUUACAAAAAACUGCUUGAGGAAAGUGGAAACCUUUUCAGUACUGCCAUUUGAAUCUGAGCCAGAACCAAGAACUUUCUUUCCCAUUACAAUAGAAAAUGGACUACUAAGAAGGAAUCACAAUCAGUUACAACCCAAGUCAUUAUCAUCAACAAGUAACAAUGAAGAUACUUCUAUGGGAAGAAAGUUAAGUGGUGGUGAUAGAAGUACUCAGCUUGAAUCAAAAGCAGCCUAUUUCCAGGGGACAGAUAAUUAUUUAGAGGAAUUUUAUUUGAGCCCAAAGCUAUCUUGCCUAUGUCAACACCAUGUGACAUUCUGUGAUGACAGUAAAGCAGAUUUUCAACCAUAUAGUCAUACUGUUGCUGAAACUCCAGACAACUGUGGUAUAUUAAGUGAACCAGAUGAGCCACAUCCUGGCUACAAAAGACUAGAAGACUAUGAACCAUGUCAAUAUUGUGGUGAAAAUUAUCCAAGUUCAAAUGAAAAAUGUGUGUUAGGUGUUAACAUGACUACUAUGUUUACAGAACUUAAUAAAAAUGGGUAUAGUUCAAGCCUGUUAAAUUCUCCAGAACUAAAUGUCACAGAGAGGAGAGACUAUUAUAUUGAAGAUAUGCAGUGUGAAGGGAGGAAGCCUGAAAUAAAAAAUAAUGAACAGUGUGUGUUUCUUAAACACCUCUUAAUGUGGUAUGGUAAACCGUUGAAAGACUAUGAACUCUGGGCUUUAUGCCACGAAUGCUUGCUUACUCUGGAAACAUACACAGAUUAUCCAGCAUAUUUGUGUCUAGACUCUGUCAUGAUCAACUGUGAUGGAAGCAUUCUCUUUGUUCCACCUAAAAGUGAAGGCUCUUAUGAUAUGUUUUAUUUGGCUCCUGAGAUAUCAGAAGAGGAUUUUGUCACUGAAAAGGUCUGUAUUUACUGUAUUGCUGCAAUUUUGUGGAGAGCAGCAAAAUGUAAUUUUCCACCUGAUCGCAAACUGGUGUUGCCAAGGAAACUGAAGAAUUUCCUUCUGCAUAUGGCAAGAAGAAAGUCAGAAGACAGGCCUUCUCUGGCAGAUGCAAUUAAGACAUGUGGCAACUAUCUACUUGAACAAAGUAUAAACAGCAAGAAGGUUCUGGCAUUUUUACCCAAAUAUGCCUUUCAGGCUUUCAAAGAAGUGGAUUCUUUUAACGAUAGCUUGCCUUUCGAUUUUCAAAGUGAGAAAAAUUCAGUAGAUGAUAACUUGGGAUUUUUACCUAUGAACAAUGAAAGUAAACUGAUAGCAGUGAAAGGACCAGUCCCGUGCCAGCUGCCUUUAAACAGAGGAAGCACGUCAUUGCCAAAUGCUUUCACUUCUUCAGCAACACACUUUAAGCCUAUUAUCGUGCAUCAAAAUACAGAUAGUAAAAAAAAUACCACUGCAUCUGUGAUGGUACAGCAUGAAACAACUGUGGAAGGAGUGGUACCUGUGAAUAAGAAAAAUUCAAUGCAUUUACAAAUUGAAACUGAAAAUGAAGAAAUUGAAGACUGUGACAUGCCAGCUACUUGUAUGACACCUGAUAUUCUGGCAUAUGAUACUCAAAAAUAUUCAAAGACUAGUUCAUCCAUGGAUAAAUUACCAUUGCUCUCUAAAUCUUCAUGUGUCUCUCAAGAGAUGUGUAUUUCACAAUCACCUUCUUCCAGUAUUUCCAACUGUACUGUGCCAUCUAAUAUGACUUUUAUAAAGAACUUUCUUUUGAAGCAGGACCCAGAGACAAGGGUCUUAACGCUUGUACCAGUACAGAUAGCUGUGUCAGAGCAAAUAUCAAAUAAACCCCUCCAUUCAAAAACAGCUUACAGUUGUUCCAGUUUGCAUGUCCUCCUCUCAGAUUCUAUAGUGAGCUGUGCUGCUGACAAAGCCCUACAUCAUAAAUCAUCUGUAAACAACCUGAGAAAUUGCAAGCAUGCAAAUGAAUUUUGGGACACAAAAGCCCAGAUUAACAGUUUCCCCUCAGCAACAAUUAAUAAAGAGACUCAAACGAAGUGUUCUGAAAUGGAUGCAUCCCACAUACUUAGUAAUGAGUCCAGUACAGCUGCAGAGACCAGUGUCCCCUUAUUGGAUCAUACAUCACAUACCUACAUGGAUCAGAAUUCUGCUUCUCCAGUCACACUAGGAAUGUCAUAUGAAAAUAAUGGGAUAAAUGAAGCUAUCUUGAAGAACAUGGUGCAUCUCAUGAAAGAAGAGUUCUCUUUUAGUGGAUUCUGUAAAAAUACAGAUGAAGUUCUGGCUAUAGGUAAAUAUAUUUUUGGUUUAAAGGAUCUGCAGUAUAAUACCUUUCGUACUGUAAUCUCUGAAGAAUUUUGUGACUUUUACUGGGAAGAAAAAUUACUAGCAAACCUUUAUGAUGCAGCAAAUGGCAGAUCUCCUCUGUCUGUAAAGAUGGAUGAAACAAAAAAUGGUAGCAAGACAUUUCAAGGCCAAAACAAACCUAAAGACUUUCUGAAUACUGGUGAAGAAACAAAUGAUGACCUUCCACAAGAUUAUACUGAAAAUGAAGUCAGAAGAGAAAUGGAAGGAGAAUAUCUGCAGACCAAUACAACCUACAUCUCUCCAGGUUUGCCAGAAGACAAUCAAAGCCAAAAAGAAUUUAUAGUACACAGGGAGGAAAAUAUUUACACUGGAAUGUCCUGCUUGUCUGAACUCAGUGGAUUUUGUCCUGGUUGGAGAAGUGCAUUCUAUAGUUCAGAAUGUUUUAGUUUGGAAGUUCAUGACCACAUUAGAAAACUUGGAAAGAGAAAGGAUGGGACUCAAAACAUAGGUGCUAAAAUAAUGGAACUUGAACAGCAGAUAAUGAUAGAAACAAAAAAUUAUAGUAAGAGCAGAAGAUUCUACUACAGGCUGUUACAUAAAGAGAGGAGGAGCAAAGGUGGUGAAGUGAAAACUAUCUUACCUAAACUGAAGGGACAGCUAGAAGAAAUGAGAGCAAAGGUGCAGUUUCUUGAACUUGUGAAGAAAUAUUUACAGAUUAUAAACACAGAAAAAUGGGGAGUUGAGUCGUGCAGUCUUCUAACAGUGGUUAACAUGGCAAGAAGUGAAACACUGAGUAUCAGCUCCUUGGACAGUAUGCUCCUUUUCUAUAAUAUAAAUAAAAAUCUGUAUAAUAAAUCGCAAUGUAACAACAGUCAAUAUCAGCCAAGAAAUCUACAAGCUGGAACACCACUUGGGCUAAUGGCAUAUCUCUACUGCAGAAAUUCAUUUUUAGAAGGCUAUGUACAACAGUUCCUCUUUACCUUUCGGUAUUUCUGUUCACAAGAAGAACUUUUGCAAUUUAUUCUUGAUAGAAUCAUUAUAACCUUACCCAGUUCAAGCCCAGAAUCCUGCUCAUUGCUUAGCAAAAUAUACUUUCGCAGUUUCUCCAUUCUGCAGACAUGGAUUGAAGACUGUUAUGCUGUAGACUUUGCAGUAAACCCUGACUUUAUGAGUACUCUAAAAGAAUUUAUCAUUUCCAAGGUAGUUCCACUCAGUGGCUAUGGCAAAUGGCUUCUAUCAUGGCUUGACCUCAUUACUAGGAGGAAGGAGAGCGAUGUUUCUCAGUGCUUGAGAAAGGAAGACUGGAAAGAAGUGGAGGAACCCAGUGAAACACAGUCCUUACGCUCUUCAUGCAAAAAGCUCUCAAAAAGUAUUUUACAAAAGAGCUUUAAUUGGAGGUCAUCAAAAGGAAAUGAAGCUAUUGUACCUUACCAAAAAGAUAAACAACAUAACAUUGCAUCAGCUUUACCAAAAGAAUGCUUUACAAAUGGAACAGAUGGUUUCUGUGCUAGAAUAGAUGGAGGACAAUACUUUUUAACAGAAUAUACUGCACAACAGCUUUGUUGUCAGCUGACACUGUUGCAACAGGAAAUGUUCCAUAAAUGUCAUCCAGUGCACUUUCUUAAUUCAAGAUUCCUUGGAGUAAAAGACAAAAGUGUGCCUCUCCAGAAAACUACUUCCUCUGAACUGUUGCCUACUCAAAUCUAUAACCUUUUUGUUGAAACCUGUGUCCAAGAUGAUUACCUCGUACAUCUUUUGAAAUAUGCAGACAACGUCAGUACUUGGGUUGCAGCUGAAAUUGUUACAAGCUACAGUUCUAAGGCCCAGGUGAACUUACUAACAAAAUUUCUCUGCAUUGCAAAGUGUUGCUAUGAACAAAGAAAUUUUGCUACUACAAUACAAAUCCUAAAUGGCCUGGAAAAUCUUGUUGUGAGACAAUUGCCAGUUUGGAAAUGUUUGCCUUCUAAGAUAUUGGAAAUAAUGGAAGAACUAAAAGCUGUUGAGGUGUUUUUAAAAAGUGACAGCUUAUGUUUAAUGGAAGGAGAGAGGUUUAAAACUUCACCUACAAUCCCAUCAGCUUAUGUUCUGGCAAUGCACAUUCAGCAACUAGAAACUGGAGGAUUUACUAUGAGAAAUGGCACGUAUAAAUGGACUAAGCUUAGAAACAUUGCAAAAGUUGUGAGUCAGGUUCAUGCAUUUCAAGAAAAUUCCUACACGUUUCCUCCAGAUCACCAACUGCAGUCUUUCGUAAGACACAGAAUAGCCUCUUUUAAUGAUGCAGACAUCUCUGCCUUAGCAGCUGUCAACUCUGCCAACUUUCACCAGAUACCAGCUGAAAAGCAAUCUCGAAAAAUCCAGGACACAUUGCACAGGAUGAAGACAAUGUUUCAGUAAUUGUUUACUCUUCGUCUUUCUGUAACAUUGUCGGUUUAACGUAAUUUAAAUUUCUGGGCUGGUGACCAGAUGGUGCCACAUGUGUAAUUAGCUUUACAAUACAAUACUAUACAGCUUUGCUUAGAAGUAAGUUCAACAGUGUUUAAUGGAGCUUGCUCCCAGGCAAAUGCAUAUAGGACUGCAGCCUUAAAAAUGUAAUCUCCAUUUGAACUCAAUAUUGACAAUGCUUUCUUCACAAAUCAAUUUGUGUUUGAAAAUUCCAAGCUCUGAGCAAAAGGUGCAGGAGCACUGCUGUGUUGUUUCCUUGUUUAAUAGCUCAUAGACCUUGUCAGAUUCAUGUGCUGUGUAAAGAAAUGUAAUAUUUGUUCUACAUCUUUAUUUUUCUUUUGGAGAGCAUAUGGUGAGUUGUGAACUGAUAUAUUGAAUUGUGAAUUAUUUCUUGAAGCAGAAAUGUGAGGAAGCAAAAGACUGCCUUUACAUGUCAGGGCUGUCAUCAUCUUGUCUGCUUCCAAAGAACAAUGAGAAGCCAUAUUUGAAAUGAACCUAUUAUGUAUAAUUUCCUGGAGAAGGUUCUUUUUAUCAAGGUUUCUUGUGAAAUGAUGAUUGUAUCAAAUGUAUCUUAUUUACCAAAAAUUUGGGUAGGCCAUUUAAAAAAGCUUGGCCAGUAUUCUGUAUCUGUAUUCCUUAUUCUGUAUUCAUGAUCGCCACUUAGUCACAAUUGUGGCUUUAUUGCCACAUUUGUAACUCGCCCUCCCCACCUAAUUUAGUGAGUAUCAUCUCCAUGGGGGAAAGGAGGUCCAUUCUAGCGGCAAUUAGAGCAUGGGUGGAUGAUGUUUAUUUCAGGUUUGGGACAGGGAUUGGGCCAGGAGAGAUUACAUAUACAUAGCUAAAUAACUGUUGUGGAACACUGGCCAUCCUCUUUUGCUGAUUUUUCCAAGGCUUCACAAAGAGGGAUGAAAGUUUUCUUCCUACUGCCCCACUGUGUAGGGCAACCUUUAUUUAGCACUCUGUGAAGUUAGAAAUAACACCCCUGUUAACAAGGUAGGCCACACCAACACUUCUGUUUUGCCACACAGCAGUACAGUGCAGAAGAACAGUGAAUAUAGCAUUGUAAUUGGCUGGUUGCCCCAGCUAUAAGCGUUGUGCUUCAGUAUUCAUUCAGAGUAAGGUCAGGGAGCUGGCUUUUCAGCUGUUGUUGGCAUGACCACAUUGCCAGUUCUACUUUGGCCUGAGCUUGGCCCCUUCCUCCUACCAGUCUUGCUGGAAGCAUGCUGAAACAUCCCAUUGGGAGAUGGAUGUAAAGUGGACCUUUGAUAUCUGCUGGGGUUUGAUUCCAGGAUACACAUGGAUAUCAAAAUCCAUGGAUGCUCAAGUCCCAUUAAAUA